ACCUAUUUUUUUAAUUUGAUGACCAAAUUGGAAAUAUACUCGCGGAAAAAAAGUUAUUUUUAUCAAAGAACGAUGCAGUCGAUUCAUACAGUCCAGGUAUGUUCCGUCCUCCCAUCAACAGCCUUGGAAGAACAGCAUUUUGGGCAUGCCGAUUGCCCCAUGCACAACUAUUUUGUUAGGCUCCUUCAAAUUCCUCAUCAAUUUCGAUCAAACUGACGAUACCGAGAAGAAUCGGUAACCGAGAGACCGGUGGGGCGAGUUGAGCAAUUUCUGUUGAAGAAUCCGCUGCGAUUUCGGUUGCCUCUGAUCCGCGGCGGAAGGAAGAAAGAUUUUCGAUUGCUUUAAACCGCUCCAAAAGCAUUCGAUUCGAGUUGUUCUUUCCAAAGAUUCUAUUGAGGGAUCUUUCUUCGUUUUCAGGGUUGCGCGGAGGAAUAUCUGGUCGUUGUUGCGUUAUAUGUGGUGUGAAAUUCCAUCGCCGAGCUUCGUCAAUGAGGACAAUAUUUUUGUGCUUUACAUAGUGAACCAAAGGUUGAAGGUAAUGUUUCUUCUAUGGCAGUUUGCUUCUCCAUUGAUGCUCAAUGGCAGUGAUAUAAACACAUUUCCUUUCGAAGUAUGAGGAAACGUUUAGUCAGAGAGUCUAAUACGUGGUUGCUGAAGUUUUUAUAGUAAACAAAAAGGCCUGCUGUUUUAAUAAGAAAACAAAGCAGGCAAGUGUGUAGAGGCAGGAAUAAUGGAUUGUAAUAAAGAUGAGGCUGCACGGGCGAAAGAGAAAGCCGAGGAGAAAUUUACAGCCAAGGACAUUAUGGGGGCUAAAAAACUUGCUUUGAAGGCACAAAAUUUAUUUCCAGGACUUGAGGGUAUCUCUCAAAUGUUAGCUACACUCGAUGUCUAUAUUUCUGCUGAAAAUAAGGUCAAUGGAGAAGUAGAUUGGUAUGCGAUGCUUGGUGUCGAUCCACGAGCUGAUGAGGAAACAGUCAGGAAACACUACAGGAAGCUAGCUCUUAUUCUUCACCCUGAUAAAAACAAGUCUAUUGGAGCUGAUGGGGCUUUUAAGCUUAUUUCUCAGGCUUGGAGUAUGCUGUCGGAUAAAGCGAAAAGAGUGGUAUAUGACCAGAAGAGGAAUGGUAGAGUCAACAGAACUGUUUCGACUUCGAGAGGGAACUCAUCUUCACAAUCUGGGAGAAAUGGUUUUUACAAUUUCACAAAAAAUGCUCCUACGUCGAGUAUGAAGGGACAGAAAAGUGCAUCCCGACCAGAUUAUGCUUCAGCUUCAUCUCAGAAACCAAGGCCAACAACCUUUUGGACUGUGUGCCAUCGGUGCAAGAUGCAGUAUGAGUAUCUCAGAAUCUAUCUAAAUCAUAAUCUUCUUUGCCCAAACUGUCAUGAGCCAUUUUUUGCUAUAGAAACACCACCACCCCCUUCAAAUGGUGUGAAGUCUAAUGGAUGGGAUUUUACUCAGCCAAAUCAUCAAAGUGGAAGUAAAACUGCAUAUAGUCGAGAGAAGAGUAAUAUAGCCUCAUCAUCAUACACGGGAGCAGGUGAAUCAAAUCACUCUACACAUAGCCAAAACACCUUUCAGUGGGGUCCCUUCUCAAGAACGGGUGGUGCUUCAUCUGCUGCUCAAGCUGCAACUGUAGUUCAGCAGGCAUAUGAGAAAGUGAAAAGGGAACGUGAGGAGGCACAAGCUGCCAAAAGAGUGGAACGAAGAAAGCAUCAUACGUCUAAGAAGGCCCCUGGUGCUUCAUCUUCAGGCUACUCUGGUGCUGUAAAAAGAAGAAGAGGUAUAGAUGACAUUUCUUCUAGCUCCCAUGCAAGAAAUAUAACCGAUCAGUUGAAAGCUAUGGAAAGGACUAAGCUGGUCAAUCUGUCUGGUUGUACACAGGGUAAUAUAAAGGAAAAUACCACACUCAAGAGCUCUCAGGAUGUCUCUCUUAGUGAAAUUCAGAAUUUAUUAAUCGAGAAGGCCAAGAAGGAAAUGAGGAAGAUGUUAUGUGAAUUGAAGUCAACAAUGUCAACUACUGCUAUGGUCAAAGAGGGAAACGGGAAUGAGAAGGUAAAUAGGAAGAGAGAAACAUCUCCUGUGAGUGGUGAAAAGCACAAUAAUGACGCAUCAAUCGAACUUCUGAAUUCAAAGAGGGAAUCACAGUCAGUGGUUGAUUUUCCUAGCAAUUCAAGUUCCAGUGAUGCAGAAACAAUGUUAUUUGAUGUCCCUGAUUCGGAUUUUCACAAUUUUGAUAGAGACCGUACUGAAAGCUCUUUCAGAGACAAUCAGGUCUGGGCUGCUUAUGACGAUCAUGAUGGCAUGCCUCGACGUUAUGCCUGGAUUCAUAGUGUAGUAUCUUUGAACCCGUUUAAAAUGCAGAUUCGUUGGCUAAACUCAAUAAUCGACUAUGAAUUGGGUGCACUGAGCUGGGUUAGCUCUGGUUUUCCAAAAACGUGUGGGGGUUUUAGAACUGGGAGGUGUGAGAUUUAUAGCUCCAUUAAUGCUUUUUCUCACAAGGUCAGAUGGUCAAAAGGCACAUUCGGAGACAUUUGCAUAUAUCCCAGAAAGGGAGAUGUUUGGGCUCUCUAUAGGAAUUGGUCCCCUGAUUGGAAUGAACUGACAUCAGACGAGGUAAUACACAAGUAUGACAUGGUAGAAGUUCUCGAGGAUUAUAGCGAAGAACUUGGAGUUAUCAUAACUCCCCUCAUCAAAGUGGCUGGUUUCAAGGCGGUAUUUCAUCGGCAUUUGGACCCAAACCAUGUAAGAAGGAUACCAAACAAUGAGAUGUUUCGGUUUUCUCAUCUCGUACCUUCACAUUUGCUUACAGGUCAAGAAUCCCCAAAUGCUCCCAAAGGUUGCAGGGAACUGGACCCUGCAGCCACUCCAGUUGACCUUCUUCACAUCGUAGAGACCCCCAAGGAAGAAUUCAUAGAGAUUGAGGACUUGAAGUUACAAAGUUCUGCCACCAAGAUGGUUGAUAUUAGUGAUGAAAAGAUGGAAAAGAAACACAGGGAAGCAAGAAAAGAGGAUAUAGUGAAGCCUGUAGUGGAAGAUGUCCUAGAACUUAAACUGACCAGUAAGACGAUGUACACCAAUGAAAUGCAAGUUUCUUGAACAUUGGAUUAUUUGUUCUCCGUGGAUAUGACUGGUAAACUUUGUGGAAGCUGAUUGGACAUAGUUGACAUCUUUAGCGUUCUGACUUACUCUUUUCCUCCUCCAAGGAUCUGUUAGAUGGGGAUCCGUACUUGUAAAUCAUACCUUUUGAUGUUAUUAUACCUUUUAACUUAAAGAUCUGUUAGAAGGUUAAUCUAUACAUUUUUUUAUGUCACUGUAGCCGCUCGUGGAAGCUCCGCUCCUUCGUGUAUAUUACACGCUAAAACGAACUCCAUUCCUCGGUUUUGCAAGUUCUGUAUAUAUUCCCUCCCAUAGCUGUUAUACUCAAGAGUCAUCAGUUUUCGACCUCUACUACUCAAGUAAGCAUGGGAACCAAUUUUUUCCCACUUUUAGAGCGACUUUUUGCUGCUUUCUCCCGACUCGGGUUCCUGUUUCAUUUAAAGUUAAUGAAGAGGAUGCAUUUUGAACAUACCCCAGAGGCAUUGUUUUGAUGAGAAUCAGUGAGACCGUUGAGCAGCUUUAAGUGAAGCUUUUGACAAUGGUUACAGUCUCUCUCUGUUGAUACGAGUGAAGUAAGUUGGGGAAAGGGAUGGGGAUGGGAUUAAGCUUGAUGCAUGAUGUAUUGGCUUUACUCAACUCAUGAAUUCUAAGUUCGCUAGAAUUCGCGGGUUUACUUCAAAACUACCACGGCUAUAGAACUCGUUGUUGUUUCAAUACGCUUUUUCGAUAUCGGUGAUGUUCAUAAGGCUAUAGUGAUACAAGUUCAUGUUAAAUUAAGUGCAAUUUGAGUUUGGGAUGACUU